CCACUCCCUACUGCUGUACAAGUGUACAGAACAAUUCCGUGCGUUGUGCUGGUGUUGUGUGCUCGUGGGGAAGCUAUAUCUGGGAAGCACAUCGGAACGAUAGUGGUAAAGGCUGCAGAAGGGGCAGUAUCAGAGACUAUGCGUCGUGAUUAAUUAAUGCAAUUCACGCUCCGGCCCUUGAAUGCGGCAGCAUCAGCGGGUUGCUGCACCACAAGGCCUGCGACGGCUGCUGAGGAACGAGGGAAAGACGAACAUGACCUACUCUCGCAGGGUAGAGCCCAUGUAUACUUCAAAGCCAAGCCUAGUGGACCUGGAGGGGGGCGGAACCGAUCUUGCCAACUCAAAGACAACGGCAGCGUUGUGUCGUCCCACGAUGCCUCGUUUGAGCUUGGCUGCUAUCGUGGUUCUCUUGCAAGCGGCGGCGAUUCUGGGGCUCUUGGUUCGCCUUGCUCUUUCUCGAGAUCGCUGCAGAACUGCUGCUGCUACCGAGAGUUUCCGCGUUGGGCCGCGAGUGGUCUUUGUUGACAGCCAAGCAUCGAAAGAGCUGACGCAUCUCAUAAUGGUGCCGUGCCACGGGGUAACGGUAACUGAAUCGCUGGAGGGUGCGGACAGCAGAGACGGCGAUUGGUUCUUGCUAGACUAUCAGAAGGGGAAGGACGUCCCCCGUGCGUUAGUGGGCCACAUACAGGCUGGCUUGGACGCGCUGGAUGCUGACGAGAACUCGCUGCUCCUUUUCUCGGGCGGCAAGACGAGAGGGCCCGCGGGACCGAAGAGCGAGGGAGAGUCGUAUUUCUUCGUCGCGGACCACUACGACUGGUGGGGCAAGCCGGACUUGAGGGCGAGAGCUUCGACCGAGGACUUCGCACGGGACUCCUUCGAAAACGUUUUGUUUUCCAUAUGCAGGUUCAAAGAAAUCACCGGCGACUACCCCACGAAGAUCACCGUGGUGGGUUUCGACUUCAAGCAGGACCGCUUUGAACAUCUGCACCUGCCUUCCCUACGGUUCCCGCCGGAGGCGUUCCGGUACGUGGGAUUACACCCCGAGGGGCGGUUUGACCACGCUGCCGCUGCCGAGGGCGAACGAAAGUCGGCACUAGAGCCAUACCGAUCCGACCCGUAUGGCUGCGCCGUUGGCGGCACUUUAGUGCAGAAACGACAUUCGCGUGAUCCUUUCCACAGAACACCACCAUAUAGCAUGGUGUGCCCGGAAAUGUCCGCACUGUUGGGGUGGUGCGAGACUGAGCUCUUCACGGGCGACCUACCGUGGUCGCCGGCGGGUGAGGAGAGAACAGAAGGGUCCGGUGUGCGCGAAAGGCUUCGAAGAUAGGGCGGGCGGUGGCGGAGGAAACGUUAAGGAUGCCUUGCGACGGUCCCCCUCUCGCAUGGGGGGGUGUCACUCGCCUCGGACACUGCUUGGGGAGUGCUACCAAACCAAGCGGGUCCGCCUGCCCCUCGCUCCACGCGUGCAAGCACGGAAGCCGACCACAUGUGUAAUGUGCUCAACUACUCACCCUGGUCAUGAGGGAAAUCUGACUUCGCUUCAUAGAAUUCAAGAAGCUAAACGCCGUUUCGUACUUACGGGCUCGUCACCACCAUGACAAAAGUCACUGUCGUCGCCUUGAAGGAAGGAAGUUGACCACGUUGUCACUACUCCCAAGCCCUCCUCGUCGCCUUCCUUACUCGCGCUUUCGACUUCGCGACUGCAACAGCGGUGGGGAAAUGUGCGACAACAGUGCCUACGCUUCUCCCUUGCGCCUUGUAUUCCUUAGAUCUCCGACUGCCGUAACUGUUUUUUGCGAAACAUAUUUUUUGUCGCCCGGCUAGUCGUCCGGCUUCCUGCUCCUCUUUCCGGCAUCUCGAGUGUCGGGAUGGUUGGUUGUAAGCGUUCUUGGUGCAGGGGGUGAAUAGAGCAGGCUCAGUGCAUAGCGUCGUUGUGGAUGGCAAGACUAGCUUGGUAGUCGUCACGUUGGGUUCCAGUUCCUCCUCGAUGGAUUGCAGUAUCGCCCUAUGGGUUCGGAGGGCGAAGAUAGGUGGCGAAUAAAGGCUACUGCCAAGGCAUUGACAUUGUGUUGUUGAACGGGCGAUUGAGCUUUCGGAACAAUGCCAUUUGGUGGUCGAGUGCUGCGCGUCGCGAAAUCUAUGAGACAAGCACCCAACAUAUGUGGCGUACCGACAUGUCGGGCAACGCGCACUCGGCCUGUAUCGGCUUGGCACGUCGACAGCGACACCCCGGGACCGACAGAUGCUUUAUCCGUGUGCUGUUUCCCUCUGGAACAGACAA